AUAUAAAUAUGGGAAAGAGAAUGGGGAAAUUUCUACCAGUCUUCAUCUCUGAGAGCAAACUUCUCUGCAUCUCUUUCUCUCUUCUCUGGGCCUCCCCCAGCUCAUCAUGGCUCUCUGGAUCCGAUCACUGCCUCUUCUGGCUCUCCUUGUCUUUUCUGGCCCUGGAACCAGCUAUGCAGCUGCCAACCAGCACCUCUGUGGCUCCCACUUGGUGGAGGCUCUCUACCUGGUGUGUGGAGAGCGUGGCUUCUUCUACUCCCCCAAAGCCCGACGGGAUGUCGAGCAGCCCCUAGUGAGCAGUCCCUUGCGUGGCGAGGCAGGAGUGCUGCCUUUCCAGCAGGAGGAAUACGAGAAAGUCAAGCGAGGGAUUGUUGAGCAAUGCUGCCAUAACACGUGUUCCCUCUACCAACUGGAGAACUACUGCAACUAGCCAAGAAGCCGGAAGCGGGCACAGACAUACACUUACUCUAUCGCACCUUCAAAGCAUUUGAAUAAACCUUGUUGGUCUACUGGAAGACUUGUGCC